UUUGGACAGGCACAAAUGAAUGUGGCGGAUCGGCUUCGGAAAACUUUGCAAUUCCUCGAGGGUCAUAUUACUUGGAAACACCGAGCUGUAACAGUUCCACGCAAUUUUCGCCUUUUGGAAGAGCUAGAAGACGGCCAGAAGGGAGCAAGUGAUGGGACAGUAAGUUGGGGACUUGAAGACGAUGAAGAUAUGACACUGACAAGGUGGACAGGAAUGAUUAUUGGACCUCCAAGGACAAUUUAUGAAAACCGAAUAUACAGCCUUAAAAUAGACUGUGGUCCUAGAUAUCCAGAGGUAGCUCCACAUGUUAGAUUUGUAACAAAAAUAAAUAUGAAUGGAGUAAAUAAUUCCAAUGGAACGGUGGAUCCAAAAAGCAUAUCAGUCCUAGCUAAGUGGCAGAAUUCAUAUAGUAUCAAAGCUGUCCUGACGGAACUUCGGCGUCAAAUGAUGUGUAAAGAAAAUGGAAAACUUGCUCAGCCCCCAGAAGGACAAAGUUACAGCAAUUAAUCUGGAAUUUAACCUCUCUCUAUUCAAGCUUACUUCAUUCUCCACUGUAGUAUUUUUUUUCUAGGCGCAUCUUGUAGAUCUCAAAGUACUGGAAAAAAAAAUUCCCAUUAAAAAGCAAUUAAUCUUAAUACUGUAAAUGUAAGCCAAUACUAAUUGUUUUUGUUGGACAAAAGUUGUAUGAUAACACAAAUAAUCUUGCGCGUAACCACUGUCUACACAGUAGAAUCUUUGUUGUCAGGAAUUAUCUAUUGAAAUUAGUACUGUUGAGACCAGUGUGGCACAUUUAGCUAAAGCUGUGAAUAUGCACAUCACACAGACACUUGCUGCAGGUUUGGCCUUUAAAUUAUUGUCCCUUCGCAAUAGUAUUAAAGCUCAGGGCUAUUUAUUAGAGUCUAAACACAAAGGAUGGAAUGAUCAGUGCAGUAUUGUUUUCUGGUCUUCAUCUGCCAAUGGGGUUUAUCUUGCUUUCAGAGCCAACUUUUCCUUUGUGCUGUCUCUAGUAAAUGCUGAACAAGGCUGAUGUAUUUUGGACCACUAACCUUAGUUUGCUGUAAUGUGGAUGCAAGCUACGUGUAUAACUAUUUGGUGUGUCCAGGACUUUUUUGACAUUCAUGUUUGUACAAAGCCACAUUUUAAAGCAGCGGGUAUCACCACAACUCUUAAACAACCAUUGUUUCCAUUAAAAGCCUAUUUUGUUGAAAAAUGUUUAAGAUAUUAGAUGUAUGGAUAUAACAGUCUCGGAAAUUAAAGAAUUUAACAUAACUUAAUGGUAUUCUAUUAAUAGCCUUUUAUUGUGUCAGCCUGAUUAUGAAAUAUUAAAAUUGUGCAUUAUGGGUAAGACAUGGAUUAUAUUUAAGCUAAAUUGUAAAUAUAAUAGCUUUGACUGCAUCUAAAAUAUAAAAGUGCAUAUAAAAUGCAGGUUAGAAAAACAUUCUCUUUAUAAAUUUGUCAUAAGCUUUUACAUGUACAUCAGCGGACUGAAUACUAGUGUCUUGUAAUACACUUGUGGCAGUUGUACUAGAAAUUAUUUUUUGGAUAUGUGUGGGCUGUUUUCUAUGUAUUGGAAUUUUAUCUACAGUAGCCACAGAUGCAAGUAUUCUUAUAGAACAAGGCAAUAUAGUGCGUUCGAACAAUUUUUGUGUAACUCUGGGACUUCAAUCCAACAGAUAGGCUAAGACUCUGUUACAGUGGUUCAAUGUAAAAUUAUUCUGUAAAAUCACAAUCUGCUACUCAGUGGGCAUGAAUCCACAACCUAAGCUGCUUUUGGUUAGAUAUUAAUUGAUAAUCUCCCUUAAAAAGGUUAAGGGUAUAAAUUGCAAAUGUUGCAAUGUUACAUCAAAAUAUACUCCUAAAAUUCGGUUACAGCAUAUUAUCUUUUUCAUUUUUCUUGGAUUCAGCAUUACGAGCAGCUCUUGGUGAUCCUUAAUUUUCCUUUGAUAUUGAUUGAAUUUUCUGUCCCAUAUCUAGGUAAAUGAACUGAUUCCUUGUAGUGCACUCCAGCUACCAAAACCUUGUGCUAUCAAAACUCUACAAAUUAAAAUUGACGUGUGCUUGUGUUAGGCAGGUUUGGGCUUUGGGCUAGCUACAUGUUCUAAUUGCAUGGGACAGUAAGCAAUAAAUAGUGACAGUGAACUCUAUAUGUUCCUAUCUUGAUAAUUGAUAUAAUUUUCUUCCAUACACAUGAAAAUGUAUAAACACAUGAAUUAGGAGCAUAGGUAGACCAUAUAACUCCUUAGCUUGCCCUGCCAUUUUAUAAGAUUGUAGUUGAUCUGAUUGUGACCUCAAAUCCACUUUCCUAACUACCUGAUACCCUUGAUGAUGUAGCAUGAUCAUAACAUGUAAAAUGUUUACCUCAACUUGUUUCGGCUGAUCAACAAGACUGAAACUAAACUUUGACUGAUUUCCAGGUGAAAAAGGCAACCAUAUAAAUAACAUUUAUUCUUUGAAGUAUAUUGGAACUGAUGUAAAAUAAGCAACUAUAUCUGAAGAUAAAACAGCAAUUCAUCAUUUUUGACUUGCAGUCAAACAUUGAAAGUAGCCAAAAAUAUAAUGACCCUGGAUUGAGUAACCAAUUAACAUUUUGUACGUAUUUCGGGUAGAGCAAUGUGUACAUUCUGGUCUCCUGACCAGCAAACCUGUCUAGAUUGGUCUGGUUGGUGGUUUUCUUGACACUUGUGUAUUAUGCCCUUGCAUUUCAACCCAGGCAAAAAAAAUUUACUUGUCAACUGUUGUGCCUGGUCAAGUUGUAUUUCAGCUGGUGUUGGAUGGUAAAUAGUCAGAACAUAUUCUGAUGUUGCAUACUGACGUAAGGAUGUUCAACAUAAAUUCCUUUUCCUUAAAUCGCUUUCAAAAUUUAGAAUAUUGUUGAAUCUGCUAGAAUCUGUUCAAGCAGCCAGGCCUAAUUUAAAAUACUCCUGAGAGAUAAAAGUUGGUUAGCAACCUCCUCAACCUUGUUCUCUACUCAGUUAGACUCUGUUGCUGCCUUGUUAAAACACUGUAUACCGCAGUGUUAAAAGAAAAAUCAGUUCCUGUUUUUUAAUUGACAUGAUGCCAGCCACAUCUUUUGUUUUUUGGGAUGGGGGGGGCUGGGAUAUAAUGGUCAGGUAAAUCGAGGAGGAUGUUCCAGCCGUAGUACAGAUUUUUUUCUGUUAAGUUUUUGUCAGCCAUCUUAGGCAUUUUAGGCUCAUCUUGUUAUUGGCUCAAACAAAUGAGGAUGCAUCAUAGAUCAAGAUUAUUUGUGUUAUUGCUUCCAGAUUCCAUUAUUUCAAACUGUUCUGCUCUCCAGGUCCAUACUCCUUACCCUGUCUCAGUGCUUUGUGAUCUGACCCAUAUCUCUGUCUACCGUGGGAGAUGUAUUGAUCCUCCUUUAAAUAACUGCAUUUUUGGUUUCUUUUAAAUUGAAAAUCUGUAAGUAAAUUCUAUUAUUUAUCUUCUACCUGUAUUAUCUCAUUUAUAGCCAUAAAACAUGAAGUACAAAAAUAAAAAUGAUUUCAAUUUUAUUCUUUAAAAGCAUUACAGUAUUGGUAGUGAGAGUAGCCGCUAUCAUUUCUUAAAGCUAGCAUGAUAUAAGGAGAGAACUGGGAAUUGAUAAAAAUACCUUUUAAAAGCUAACGUGGGCUCCCUAACUCCAGUUCAAUCCUCGUCUAACCGGCUGACUUCAGUUAGCAAUAACAGUAAGAUUGCCUCAAUUACCUAAUGCUUUGGAAUAAUUUGCUUCAUUGUUUCAUACUUUUAAUAUUUCUGAUUUGCUGUUUAAUGAGUACACGAUUGGAUCUAAUCAACCAAAGUCUGGCACAAAUUUGCAUAAUACUGGCAUGAUACAAAUAUUUAAGAACAGAGUUUGAUACAUCAGAUGUUGGACAGGAAGUGUCUGCUAUGUACAUUGUUUUUCAUUUUAACUUGUAGGUAUCUUGCAGUAUGUUGGAGCAUGUGCUGUUUUAUAACAAAGGUGCUAUACCAUGUAACUUAAGCUGUAAUUUUAUUGGGACAUUUGUUAAAGUGACAGAAGUCCAAUUUUAUUUUUAUUACAUAUUCUGGAGUUUUGACUGAU